AUGGGCGGAGGAGGAAAGAUCCCAUACCCCAAGCACGUCUGGUCGCCGGCUGGUGGUUGGUACGCCCAGCCAGCCAACUGGAAAGCCAACACGGCCGUCGUAGGCCUCGCCCUCGGCAGCAUCGUCGGCAUGGCCUGGAUGCUCAGCGCAAACCGCGAAUACCGCGACAAGAUGCCCGAACGCCACCGAUUCUUCCCCAGCCGAUACUGGAGCAAACAGAUCAGGGAGCAUGAGCGGAAACAAGACCAGAACAUCAUCGAGAGGACAAUUGAGGCCAGCCGCUGCUUGAAAUCUGAAAGCCUGUCUUGGACACCAACACCGUUCCACGUUUCCCCGUCCCCUGACUGUGAGAGAACGGGCAUGCCUAUCUGCUCAAUGGCAAAGCUCGCCGAGAUGGUCCCCCAGAUCGCGGCUUCCUCGAGAUUCUCUGGGCCGCACAAGGAGCCACCGCGGAGUAGGCCAACCGCCAGACCUCCCAGAAAACUGUUGCCUCCUCCGGUCGGAUCGGCUACUUUUUCUGCUGACUGA